GAUCCAUUGCCACAAGUCAACCCACGUCUCUCUCUGACGACAAAACCUUCCAAAACACAACAGACACCCCCACAGAUUACCAUUCUGCCCUUCCCUCAUCUUCCCCUGUUCUGAACAAAAACGAACCCACUCUCUCUCCUUUUCCCUUUGACAGUUUUUUGACUCGCCCCUCACCCAAACCAACCGGCUUUCAAUGGACGCGACCACACUCGACCACCCAUCUGGACCCUCCGAUGACUUCGAUCCGGGUCUAACCGGCUUCAAUUCCGGGUCUGACCCGACCCUUUUUUCUUCUACUGGUGGUGGUGGUGGGGCCAAGUACAAGCUCAUGUCCCCGGCCAAGCUUCCGAUCUCGAGGUCCCCCUGCCUCACUAUCCCUCCUGGCCUCAGUCCGACGUCAUUUCUCGAGUCCCCCGUCCUCCUCUCCAACAUGAAGGCAGAACCUUCCCCAACUACUGGGUCCUUUUUGAAGCCUCAAAUGGUGUACGGUUCUCUGAGUUCUACUACAUAUUCAGCAACCACAAUGUGCUCUGAUUUCGAUACCUUUGAUGAAAGAAAUUCUGGAAGUUUCGAGUUUAAGCCCCAUGCUGGAUCAAAUAUGGUUACUACAGAUUAUAACCACCAGAGAAAUGACCAGUUAGUCCAAGGUCAAGCUCAGCCUCAAUCACUCGUGUCUCCACCUUUGGUUAAAAGUGAGAUGGCGGUCUCCUCAAAUGAAUUGAGUUUGUCAGCACCUGUUCACAUGGUCACUUCAGGAGCUAGUGCACCUGCUGAAGGUGAUUCAGAUGACUUAAGUCAGAGGGGACAUCCAAAUCCUGGGGUCCAAACAUCACAGUUUGAUCAUAAAGGAAGUGGGCCUUCAGUCAUAUCUUCUGAUGAUGGGUAUAACUGGAGAAAAUAUGGACAAAAACACGUUAAAGGAAGUGAAUUUCCUCGCAGUUAUUAUAAAUGUACCCAUCCUAAUUGUGAAGUGAAGAAGCUGUUUGAGCGAUCUCACGAUGGACAGAUAACAGAGAUUAUCUACAAGGGUACACAUGAUCAUCCUAAGCCUCAACCUAGUCGACGAUAUAAUACUGGUGCUAUGAUGCCUAUCCAGGAAGAAAGAUCUGAAAAGGCUUCCUCUUUGAUCGGCCGUGAUGACAAGCCAUCCAGCAUAUAUGGGCAAAUGUCGAGUACUAAUGAGCCAAAUAGUACUCCUGAGCGAUCUCCUGUCACAGGAAAUGAUGAUAGUGUAGAAGGCACAGGUUCACUAUCUAAUAGGAUGGCCGAGGAGAUUGAUGAUGAUGACCCAUUCUCAAAAAGGAGCAGGAGGAUGGAUGUUGGUGGGGUUGAUGUCACACCAGUUGUUAAACCUAUCCGGGAACCACGAGUUGUUGUUCAGACUCUGAGUGAGGUUGAUAUAUUGGAUGAUGGAUAUCGCUGGCGGAAAUAUGGUCAGAAAGUGGUGAGGGGAAAUCCUAAUCCAAGGAGCUAUUACAAGUGCACCAAUGCUGGAUGCCCUGUUAGAAAACAUGUGGAGAGGGCAUCCCAUGAUCCAAAGGCAGUUAUAACUACAUAUGAGGGGAAACAUAACCAUGAUGUCCCAACUGCAAGGAAUAGUAGCCAUGACACUUCAGGAUCAACAACUGUGAAUGUCCCAUCGAGGAUUAGAUCAGAAGAAAGUGACACCAUAAGCCUCGAUCUUGGUGUUGGAAUCAACUCUGCUGCUGAAAAUAGAUCCAAUGAGCACCUGCAACUGCACUCUGAACAAGUGGAACGCCAAUCUCACACUAGUUCCAAUUUUAAGGCCAUUCAAACUACCCCUGUUUCAACAUACUAUGGUGUUUUAAAUAGUGGCAUGAAUCAGUACGGAUCUAGAGAAAAUCCAAGUGAAUCACGUAGCAUCGAGAUUCCACCUUUAAAUCAUUCCUCUUAUGCAUAUCCACAGAACAUGGGAAGAGUACUAACAGGUCCAUAGAAUUGCUUAAGAUGAAGCCAACAGAAAUAAGCUACUUUUUCCCUUCUUUUGGCCACGGGUGAAGGUCAAAGGGGCAUCUCAAUUUGAAAGAAAGAAACAAAAGGUAUUCUUCUUCUUUCCCUAUUUCAAAGAUGUGGUAUAGGUGCCUGGUGCAAAAUUCCUUCUCUGUCCGAUUAAUGUAUGUGCAACAUUUACUUGU